AUGCCUCGGGGUCGUCCUCGUAGAAAUCGGAAGCUUGAAAAUGUUACAUUGCAAAACAAUGGACCUGGAGAUGAUAUUGUUGUCACAGAAGGCUCCGAAACUGAGGCUCGAGCUGAAGAGGCAUGUGAUGCACCAGUAGACACACAAACUGCGGAAGAAGAUGGAGAAGCCAUCGAUUCAGACACUGGGAAUGAUAGGCCGGCGAAAAAGAAACUGACAGAAGGCAAAAUUGACGUUGAUGAAGACUUGGAAAGUGAUGACGUGGAGAGCGGUGAUGAGGAUGCAGUUGAUGAUGGGGAGGACAUAGAUAUCUCUAAUGGCAUGGAAGCUUCUCGAAGCGGACAAGGAGUUGUUUUAAGUACACCUGCAGAAAAAGCUGCUGACACCUGCCGUCUUCCACCCAGGCGUCUCACGCCUGAUGAGUACGCGUUAUUUCCCUUUCUUGGCACUGCAAGUCUGCAAUUACGGGAGGCAUUUCUUGUUGCUAGGAACGCCGCAUGUCUGUUGUGGACAGAGGACCCUACUGUUCAGGUAACUACAGAUCGGUUAAUGGGAUAUCUUGUCUCCUCAAGCGAUGAACGAACCAUUCGUCGUAUGUACGAGGCUGGUUUGACCUCACAGUUGCCCGUCGAUCAUGACAAAGGAUGUGGUUCCUUCCCACCCAACUGGAACCCUUGGGCAACUCCAGUUGCUCGCCAGAAUCUCGAACGGUUGUCCUAUUUGGUUGUCCUUUUCCUUGAGAGAUUCGGCUUCAUAAACUACGGUGCCUUUAAAGUCCUCACUGCGCCUUUGACUCAGGCCGUAAAGUCGAUGGGCGGUGGGGACGGCGAAUCGACGGAGAAAGGCGCAUCGCGUCGGGUCGCUGGAGGCCGUAGCUCCGAGAAAGCCGGAACCACUAACGGAACAGUCCCAAUCAAACUGAUUGUUUGUGGCGCCGGUGCGGCAGGACUAAUCGCCGCUCGGCAGUUGACCUACUUCGGCGCCAUGGUUACCGUUCUCGAAGCCAGAGACCGGGUCGGAGGACGCAUUUGGACUUACAAGAAAGCUGAUCAAUUUGCCGAUCUUGGCGCCAUGAUUAUUACCGGAAUGAAUGGGAAUCCGUCAAGUACCCUAGCACAACAAGGCGGACUCGCAUUGCAGCCAAUUAGCCAGUGGUGUACCCUCUACGCACCGACAGGACGGCCGGUGUCGCGGGAGAAAGACGAACGAAUGGAAGAGGAGUUUAAUCGUCUUCUGGCCACCGCCGCUCACUUGGCCAACAACCAGGUGUCUUCCGACCCGAACGCGGCUAGUCUCUCACUUGGUGGUGUCAUCGACGACCUCAUUAGGUACCAGGAAAACCAUAUUAUUCCCUUGAAGACCACCCACAGGAAAUUGGUGUCUGUUCUUCUGGAGAGAAAGGCAAAGACACUUAACGAGAUGGCUGACGCACGUAAGGUAAUAGAGCAGGCCUACAGUGCUUGGCAGGCCUGUUGUCUGAAGGUGGAUAGCGGCAAACCGGAGGCUGUCGCUCCAUCGCCACCACCACCGCAGCCUCCACAGUCGUCCGCGGGGAGGAAGAAGCGCAAACGCGCCUCGACGGAAAGCGGAGAGACGAGCACCACAGACGAAGCCACCACCGACGCCUCGGCUGGCUCCUCCCCGGCCUCCAAGAAGUGCUGUUCUGCCAGUGUCCAGAAGAGCAGUAAAAGCGCUGUGCCCUUGCCUCAUCUAACCUCUUCGAGUCCUCAAGCCAAAGAAGUUAAUGCAGAUGCUGAGUUUGAAAAGAGGCGCUUACUGUCUGAUCUGCACAGGGCGUGGAAGCUAUUUGAUCCGUUGCAAUUUUCGUUGGCAAAGAUUAAUCGUCAAUUGGAAAUUCUGGCUGAAAAUCCGCCUCGCGACGUUUACCUGACUCCCUCCGAACGGAACUUGGUGGACUGGCAUUUGGCCAAUUUAGAAUUUGCCAAUGCAACGGAACUCAAGAACCUUUCCCUUCUUCACUGGGACCAGGACGACGCGUUUGAGCUGGGCGGACCCCACUGCACGGUGCGGGGUGGAUUUGGCCAGCUGCUUGACGUGUUGACAGGCAACAACACAUCUAACCUUGGCGGCGAUCGAUUGCCUCUUAAGGCCGGUGCUGAAACUUUCUCCUUGGGUAACACGUGUGGGCAACUCGAGCUGCGAUCGUCGGUUAAAGCAAUUAAUGUCAUCGACACGGGUAAGUCCGUGCGUAAGCAUGAACGUGGUGUAUCUACCUACCUACUGAUUUUUGGUAUCAUCGAUGUUGUGAUUCGCUUGUUUGACGCAGGUGUGACGGUGGAAAGUUUGAACACGGCCUUUAGCGAAGACGAAGUUAUCAGCUACUCCGCAGAUGCGGUUCUCUGUACCCUUCCACUUGGCGUUCUCAAAAAAUCCGUUUCAGCGUCGGCUCAGGAAAACGAUAAAGGCCAGACAGAUUUGGCAUCGGUCACCGCCCCGCUUUUCCGGCCGCCCCUCCCUCAAUGGAAGGUUGGCGCCAUUGAACGUCUUGGCUUUGGAAUUCUUAACAAGGUGGUUCUCUUUUUCGACCGCUUCUUCUGGGACCGUUCUCAGCGCUUUUUUGGCUGCGUCCACGAUUCCACGGAGCGCAGGGGUGAGUUGUUCCUCUUCUGGUCGAUCACGGAUAAGCCCUGUUUGAUCGCCCUGGUAGCGGGCAAGGCGGCUAUCACUCUUGAGGAGGAACUAUCAGCGAAAGAGGAGCGUUCCGAUCUGAAAGAUGACAGUAGCUUCCUUAAAUUACCCAUCGUCAGCCGCGCAAUGACCAUUCUGCGUAAAAUUUUCGGGAGAGACUCGUCUACCCCGAUUCCUGAUCCCCUCGAUGCCUACGUGACUCGCUGGAGUGCUGACAUAAAUAGUCGGGGGUCGUACUCCUACGUGGCAGUGGGUGCAACCGGCGACGACUACGACCUUCUAGCUGCUCCGCUGCAGCCUCAUCCACCUGCCCCCGUGUAUAUAACCCCCGAGGGCGACGUGCCUUGCACCACCGUCCCCACCGAUGCCACACAUCCUCCCGAUGGUGGUGUGCCUCGGGUCUUCUUUGCAGGCGAACACACGUGUCGGUACUAUCCCGCCUCUGUUCAUGGAGCCAUGUUCUCGGGGUUGAGGGAAGUUGCUCGCAUCGCUAAUACCUUCUUUCCAGGUGAAACCCCCGUGCGAAAUCAUGGUUUCACGUUGGAUGUCCCGCAUGUCACCCUUGUUGAAUAA